GUCGCAUUUCUCGCUGCCUUCUCCUGCCUCUCUCUGCCUCUCUCUGCCUCUCUCUGUCUUUCUCUCUUUGCUUCCUUUUCCCUUCCUCACCAGCCUCAAGAGAAAAAAAAAAAAAAGCAGGUUGAACUAUGCGGCAGCCAUGGAGUAACAAGCCACGCCUGGCUCACAUUGCUUCUUCGGCCUCUUUUAACUAUCUUCCCCCGUCAGCCACCUCUUUAUUAUCCUCUUUCGUCCUUGUUCUCCAGUCACCCGAUGCGUCGUUUUGUCUCUCGGUCUCUUCCGUCUUGUCGUCGUCUCGUCUCGUCUUUCUCUCCUCUCUCUUUUGUUGCUCUCAACACCGAGUCGAGCGCCAUUAUGUAA